AUACAUUUGACAUUGGGUUAUUGUGUGCAGAUUAAUAAGGAAUUUUAUUUCUUUAAUCCAUUUUAGAAUAAGGCUGUAACGUAACAAAAUGUGGUUAAAGUCAGGGCGUCUGAAUACUUUCCGAAUGCAUUGUAAGUAAGUUCCAUCAAACAGUUAAUGACCCUCGUCCUAGUGAGUAAACAACACUUGUCAAAAGUGGCCAGGCAAAGUGCCACAAACCCGCUGUGCAUCUCCCUCACCGGUCCAGGGUUUUCUUUGCUCUUCUGAUCUUGCCUGCCGUACUUUAAAGCGAGUCCUCGCGGAAGUACUGACGUGUUCACAUCAGCCAAACCAGCCCGAGAGGUAGUUAGGUAGAGCCGAGAGUGACACAGCGGCAGAAUCAGACAGAAUGUCAGAAGGGGACAGUGUUGGUGAAUCAAUCCAUGGGAAACCAUCCACAAUCGGAAGCUUCUUCACACGGGUUGGACAGAUCUAUCAGUCAUGGCUAGACAGGUCGACGCCGUUCUCCAUAGGGCGAUGGGGAGUCACACUUUCGCUAACGGCCAUCUACAUGAUCAGAGUGUACAUAUUACAGGGUUGGUAUAUUGUAACAUACGCUCUGGGAAUCUACCAUCUCAACCUGUUCAUCGCUUUUCUAUCACCAAAAGUGGAUCCAUCAAUGCUUGACGAAGAUGAGGGCCCGGCGCUCCCCACCAAGCAGAACGAGGAGUUCCGUCCGUUCAUCAGGAGGUUGCCUGAAUUCAAAUUCUGGCAUUCGGCAACAAAAGGCAUCGUCAUCGCCAUGAUUUGCACGUUCUUUGAAGCCUUCAAUGUGCCAGUGUUCUGGCCCAUACUUGUAAUGUACUUCAUCAUGCUUUUCUGCAUCACCAUGAAGAGGCAGAUCAAGCAUAUGGUCAAGUACAGAUACCUCCCCUUCACACACGGGAAGAGGACUUACAGAGGCAAGGAAGAAACCGGGAAACCUUUUGCUAGUUAAAAUCAACCCCCCCCCCCCCCAUUGAGAAUGAAAAGUUAUGGAAAAAUAGUAUAUGUGGGUCAGUGAUUGUCUGAGGGGAAAAAAGAUACAAUAAAUAGGGGAGUCAUCUCUCAGCCCGCGGGAUACCGUUGUCUUUGGUCAGUGGAUGAAACGCAGUGCCGCCCUUUGCCUUGUAACCCCCUGGGGUAAGUAUGAACUCUGCUGGAGGGGGCGCCACUGGACGGAUUGCAGGAGAAAUUCCGUUGUGGAAUCUUAAUGACGCUCCGUUUUUAACUCCUCUGGCUCCAAGCGAAAUACAACUACUAUUGAUUAAAGGCAUGGUACCUACUCGUUUAUAACGUGUACUUGUGGGAGGUCCUUAGGUUUCGAAAUAACCUGAUUAGAUGUACUUUUUAUUUCAUUGAUUUAAAUUGAUGUGGGUCUAUGAUCAAGUGUACUUUUGCACUGUCUUGAGACUCACAUCAGAAAUGUUCCUUUAUGUAAAGCAGUUCAUUUUUAGUGACUGGUUACCCUCAGUUGAACACCAAUUCACUACAUACAAUACCUAUCAGAACUAUUCAGAACCAUAGUCCAACCAUCUGUUGAUGGCACAAGCAGUGAUUUAGGUAUAGGAGAUUGGCUAGAUAACAAGUUGGCGAAGAGUGAAAACACUGCAUGGCUAGGACAGAGUUGGUGUACUUUCCAGAGAAUAUCAUCAUGGAGAAUGAUGAAAUGUCAUGUUUUUUUUACAACAUUAUGUACAGAGAGGUUUAAGAAAGCCCAGUUCAAGAUGUGUGGCUGCUAAAAAGAAGGGAAAAAAGUGUUAUUAAUUUGUUACUGUUUUUCCCUCCGUAGCCAUAGAAUCCCUUUUGUGUUUAUUCCCUUUCCCGUCAUGUCAAACAUACGAUUUGCUUGUACAGUUGAAGAGAACUGUAACUGUCAUUCAGCACUCCUGGAUACUAAAUGACAGAUUAAUUUACGUCUAGCUAUGGGGAAGCAAAUCAAGUAGUUCAACUUCAGAUUUAUGCUUUGCGCCCCCUGUGAAUAUAAUUUUUUGGGUUCAGAUUUCUUAAAAUGUACAUCCGUAUGAUACUCGUAUUCAAAUUAUUCUUUCCUUACAAAAAAGUUAUCCCCUGAAAGACCAUAUCCUUUGAACAAGCAGUUUAGGUAACUGUUUACAAACUGGGGUAUAUUCCAUUCAAAUCUAGUAGCUUGAUACUCACAUUCUGUAUUUUUCUUUUGACAAAUGUGGUCUAAUCAUUCCAAACAAAAAUAUUUUCUCUUUCUCUUCUUUUGCAGAGGACACAUGAGAAAAGUGAGAUUGAGAGCUUUUAAUGUAUGAAGGGGGUAUGCUGGGGAUCUUAUGAAAAGUAUGCGGUAGUAUUUUUGGUAACCAGAGACAUUUUGGAAAACCUUUUGAUCAGCAAUAGGGAAGAGAAAAAAAUCCUGUCAAAGUACAUAGUGUUUCCAAGGGUUUAUAUCUAUUUUAAAGAUUACAUUUGUUUUGAGAUUUUUUUUCUUCAAACAACUGUUAAAACAAGUGUUCCAAGUCAUCGUAUGUCAUUAAAAAAAAUAAACUAGUAAAAUUGAUUUCUAGAUUUAUAAACUUUCUCAUGAAAGAGAUUGCAUGUUCUUGGUUGCUCUUGUGCUGCAAUUAUAAACAAAAAAAAGAUUUUAGUAACUUUUAAGUGUAAUUUUUUUCACUCCAAAUGCUAUUAAAGAGACUGUGUCCCUUCAAAUUA